CUUCAGAUUUAUACAUUCGGUGAAACAUCUGGUUUUACUGUUGUAUCUGUGUUAAAAUUCUUGACAGCUGGGUUGUAUUUUAAUCAGGCAUCAAGAUAGGCGUUCUGUUUUUUGGGGGGGGUCCUUGCGGUAGUUCCUGGUCCACGUAUGAGACAGAUCCAAACGCAAAUAUUUAGCUAACAAAGAUUUACCAGAUAAUGUGUAAAUGUGACACUAUAGUCUAUCUGUUGAUGAUUCAUCCCGGUCUAUAAAUUGUCUGGGAUAUUUUUAGUUUUGGACGUCGUCAUACGGAUGCAGAAUGUCUUGGUUGGCCGACCUGGCAGGGAAAGCUGAAGACUUCCUGAAUAAAGUGGAUGCAGGAGCUGCCAGCCUGACCAAACCCCAAGGCCGCACCUCCUCCUUCUCCUCAGCCUACGAUGCUCCUGACUCCACCGAAACCUCUCAGUACAGUAGCACCGGCUACAGCACCAACACAUCAGAGACACAGCAACACCCCUAUGGGAACUCCACCUCCCACAAUGCACCAGGAUCUGGUUUCAUUACUGCAGCUGCUGGCAACAUCAAAAAAUCCAAAGGAUCCUUGUUGACUAGCUCAACCAUAGUCUCCACUACCAGCACCCUUCCCCUGGGGUCUUCCAGCACUGCCUCCUCCUCCAGCUCCAUCAAACCCUCCUCCAGCUUUGUGAGGCCCAGUAAGAAGAGUCAGAGUGAGCAAGAUGUGGAUGAUGACCUGUUGUUUGACUUCCUUAACAGCUCAGACCCUCCGGCGGCCAGUGAGAGGAGGGAGGUCAGACCAAGAGAACCUCUCAGAGUGUCUCCUGAAGGAUCAGGCUCCCCACAGCCAGCACCUCCUGCCUUGGCUGCUGCCCCCCUCAUGGUCCCUUCAGCCCCCUCCACGCCCCCCUCCCUACGGGGCAUGUCUCGUACCUCUAGCUACAGCUCUCUAUCCACCAGUACUCACAGUGCCAAAACAGGGGGUUCAGAGGACGGCUCUGCCAAAGAAAGUCAAGACACACCUGAUGGUUCUGACUCUGGGUUGGCUGUUCCCCAGUCUAUCACCUACCUAUCAGAGUCUCCGGCCACAUACGAGGCCCCUCCCCCAGCCCUGGCCCCGCCCCCUAUAGAGGAACAGCAGAGUCAGAUGAUGUCCAGUCUGCGUUUGGAGAACCAGCUACUGAGGUCAGAGGUCACCUCCCUCAACCAGGAACUGGCAUCCAUCAUCCAGAGAGCCAAAGACACUCAGGAGGAAUUGAACCAGGCACGGUUACGCACAGAGAAGUGGAAUUCGGACCAGUCUCGCACAGACCGCACGGUCAGGGAGCUGCGGUCGCAGGUUGAUGACCUCACGGAGGCCCUCGGUGCUAAGGACGGGCAGUUGGCUGUGCUGAAGGUCAGGCUAGAUGAGGCAGAUCAGUUACUGAAGUCACGGAGCUCUGCCCUGGAGGAGGCACAGACUGAGAGGUCCCGGAUCCUCCAGGACCACACAGAAGGAAGCAGUAUGCAGUCCCAGGCCAUGACGACCAUGCAGGAGAGACUGAGGGAGGCAGACAUGGCUCUACGCAGGGAACAGGACGGCUAUAGACAGAUGCAGAGUGAGUUUGCGGUGCGGCUAUCCAAGAUGGAGGCUGAGAGGCAGACGCUAGCGGAGGCUGUGACUGGCGCAGAGAGACGGGCAUCGGAGGAUAAGCACCGGGUCGAGGACCUCCAACAGCAGAUGAGGAGUGCCCGGAACGCAGCCGAGACUGCCAAGCAGGAGUUACAGGACUAUAAACACAAAGCCUCCCGCAUACUACAGUCCAAAGAGAAGCUGAUCAGCAGCCUGAAGGAGGGGUCAGGCUUGGAUGGUCUGGAAGGAGGAGGAACCGGUGCUUUGGAGCUGGAGGAGCUUAGACAUGAGAAGGAGCUCCAGAGAGAUGAGAUUCAGAAACUACAGGGACAGAUGCAGACGCUCCGAGCUGAGAUACAGGACUUGGAGGUAGCGGCCCUGACUGAGGCAGAGACGUGGAGAGAGCAGCAGCUGGAGAUCCAGGAGCAACAGACCCGACAGACCAGAGCCAAGCAGGAAGUGGAGGCCGAGGUGGAGCGCUACAAACAGGAGCUACAGUAUGUAGAGGAGGAAAACCAUCGUUCCAAGACCACACUGCAGAGUCGCAUCAAGGAUCGGGAGGAUGAGAUACAGAAACUCAGAAACCAGCUGACCAAUAAGGCUCUGAGCAGCAGUAGCCAGGUGGAGCUAGAGAGCAGGUUACACCAGCUGACAGAGACUCUGAUUCAGAAACAGACCAUGCUGGAGUCCCUGGGAACAGAGAAGAGUUCACUGGUCUUCCAGCUAGAGAGGCUGGAGACUCAGCUGAAGAGCGUUCAGGGAGGAGGGCAGACCGGGGGGCCGGCCAUUAACAUGAGCAGCAUGGAGAGCCCAGGGACACGACAGAGGAACGCACCGAUCCUGUUCAACGACCACGACAGUCCAGGAGUGUAUGGCCAGGUACGCAAGGCAGCCAGCACCAUCGACCGGUUCAGCAUCCGAUUAGGAAUCUUCCUGAGACGCUACCCCAUGGCUCGGGUUUUUGUAAUACUGUAUAUGGCACUACUGCACCUAUGGGUCAUGAUUGUUCUGUUGACCUAUUCCCCAGAGAUGCAUGAGAUCCACGACCAUCCUGCAGGGAGAUAGAACACAAGGCCUGAACAAUGUCAUGAUAGAGCUUUAUAUAUAUAUGUUGUUGUGAUCUAGGGUAAGGUGAAGAUGAGUUCUCUUUGCCAUCGAAGACUAGCCUGGUGCCAGGUCUGUUUGUGCUGUUCAGACCUGCCUACCAUGCACGCAAUUUUAGGUCAAAAGUACGCUGGUAUGGAAGAGGGGAGAGAAAAAAAAAAAUAGGCUUUUAGUUGGCGAAUUGUGGCUUUUGACUCAACCGUCUGAAGUUGGAGCUGAGCCAAUCAGAGGACAUUGGCGAGGAGGAAAAAUCUCUCUCUCAGCUACAGCCCGUAACCCUAAAGUCACAGUACUAUUUCCCUCUCUCAGGCUGGCUGGCAGCUCUCCGCCACGUCGGUUGAUACCACUGAUGUGUGAGGAAAAAGGAGAACGAAUUGUUUUUGCUUAAUUAAUACGUUUUCCCAAAAUUGUGUGUAUAGUCAAGCACAUAAUCACUAUUAUUUAGUAGUUAGCUCCUUGGUUAAGGCGUCACUACGACGAAAGUAGUUAGCUACAGCGUUUUAUUAAACGAACCGAGAACAUUUUCUUGACCGUACAUGCUUUUGAUCUCCGCAACAGCGCAUUGAAGGGGAAAUGUGCGCGUCGCUGCGUGGAUGGAAAACGGUCAUGGCAAGGAGAGCUCUUCCGCCGGUACCGUCCUUCACAGAAAAGUUCUGUUUAGACUUUUUAACGAUUUAGUAGGCCAAUGUUAAUGAAUCAGUUUCUUGAUUAUAGCUAGAUGUCAACAGUAGGCUGCUAAUGCUGUGGUAAAUCAGUUCACCGAUGACGACGAGGCAUGUUGAAUAAAUCCUAGUCUAGUCGUCAGGCCUGAUGAAUUUAACUAGAUCAGGGAUAGAGAUCUGAAACCAGCUCCGAUACCAGUUCUGACAGCCCUUGUUGUUUGAUAUUCCAUAUAGCCUACAGUAAGCUAGACUAAUACAUUACAUCCAGUAAUUGAAUUAUUCAGAAUUCUCCCCAAACAAAAUGAUGAAGCCAGUUUACAUUUUCACUAGACUCUAGUCACAUAAAGACAUAUAUUAAUUAGAAUUACCCCUAAAUUGAACCUAGAAAAAAAAAAAGUGAAAAUGUCAUUGAGACCAGCUCAAUUUUAUUUAGGAUUAAACACAAGACUACAUUUGAUAUAAUUUAAGACUAGGUUUCAGGAAAUGGCAGUUUUUAAUUUAAUUGUUUUUUUAAAGAAAAUUUGCAAAAUGGCAUCUGUAGUACCGCGCUGAAGUGAUACUUCAAGGUUGGCAGGUCUGUGUUUUGCCAGCUCCGUUCUCCGUUGGCAUGACGAUGACCAUAGGAGUUGGCUAGAAAGCACACCUAGAUCUGAGACCAAAGGCUAGUUGGAGUAGGGAUGGAGCAAGCUGCUGAUUUAAAUGAUUCAAUAAAGCACAUAACUAACAUGCUAUCUACUCUAUGGGACACUGACUGACUUAGGAUCAUUUUUCCCCCUGUUAUCCACCUCCUUAAGGGUUGCAAAAUUCUUGUAAAUUUCCUGGUUUUCCAGACAUUCUCUUUGGAGGUUUCCUGGAAUCAGGAGAAUAACCAAGGAGGGAAUGGGGGGGGGGGGGGGGGGAUCCACUAACUGGAAUCCUCCAACUAGGAUGUCUGGGAAACCUGGGAAUUUGGAGAAAGUUACUAGAAUUAUGCAACCCUGUCCCCCUCGUCCUACCUAAAGAUCCACAGGUCAGUCACAGUAGAAUGGGGUUUUAUAGCUGUUACACAGUCAGAUGCUGGUGGGUGGUGCAGUGAUGAGGGCAUAUUCAUUACAGUUAUAUUCAUUUCUCCUUCUCCCUUCUCCUGUAGGAUGUUACUCUCCCUAUUUUAAAUCUGUUAGUUUAUUUUCCCCAUAGAAACUUAUGUUUCCAUUCACAGUUUUUAUGUGAGUAAAGUCAUACCUAUAAAAAAAAUAAAGAUAAUUAAAGCUGGGAUGGAAACCGAAAAGUUUCGGUACAAUUGUAGAAAUGCCGACAGAUAAUUUGUUCGUUCAACAUGGUGGGUUCUUUUUGUGUCGGUAAAAUAUAUUACGCGAGAAAUGGCAGUGGAAACUUCCUUUUUUUUUAUGCUCAGAUGUAAACUUGGAGUCACGCAAUGAUAUGGAGUGUGUGUGUGUGUGUGGUCCUUCCACUACGACUGGGGAAACCAUGCAGUUUACUAGGCUACAGAUGAAAUAGGUUAUGAUGAACUUCACAGGGUGGUUGGAAAAAGUGCACGGUGAUCUUGAGGCACUAUCGAGGGUGUUAUUCUGGUGACAUGAUGAUCGAUGCUUGACUGCUGUUUUGACAAACAUUUGCAUAUUUUCUUUUAUGCGGAUUCUAGAAUAUUCACAUGAAAAUCUGUCUCUCCAAUUGGAUGGAAAUUUAGCUACUGAGGAUUAUUUAAAUGUGAAAAGGAUUAUUUUAAUAAACAUCAAACCUGAAGAUAAAAA